AUGACAACACAGCAAUAUAGAUACACCGAAUUGGCGACAGAACCACCAGAAAUACGCCUACUGAGAGCAGUGUUGGAUACCAGCACCGAUCAGAUAUGGGAAUCCCUUGAUCAGGUCAAAUUCGAAAUGCAAGUCCAUAGCUUGGACAAACUGCCACCAUACUUUGCCUUGUCCUACACAUGGGGAAACCCAACUCUCCUCACUGAACUCGACUGCGACGGUCAGAAGAUUCGUGUGAAUGAAAACCUGGCACGUGCCCUCCAUACCGUAAUCUGCACCAUUCACGCCCGUAAGGGUGUUAUCUGGGAGAAGCUUUACACCUUGGGGGAAGAGAUCUACAUCUGGGCAGAUGGACUUUGCAUCGAUCAAAGUAACUUCAUGGAGAAAAACACACAAAUACCUCUGAUGAGUGAUAUUUAUCGCAAGGCAAGGGAAGUCGUUGGCUACAUUGGUGCGCCCCAGCACACCGACCCAGUUGAAGCAUUUCAAGCCAUGUUCUUCGGUAAUAAUGCAGCACUCUAUUCUUCCAAAGCGCAUGAUGCAGCAGAUGCUGAUUGGAAAGAACUUUGGUCUCAGCCAUGGUUUGGUCGCUGCUGGGUUAUCCAAGAGGUCAUAUUGGGUACAGUAAUGUGUGUUUAUGGAAACGGGACAAUAAAUUCUUCUUGGCCAUUGUCCCUCUAUCAGAAAGAUGAAUUGUGGUUCCAUGUCAUGGACCUUUUCCCCAGAGAAGGCGAUUGGUCCAUCGGUUUCAACAUGCGUCAAACCUAUACAUGGAACCAAGCCGGGCUGCUCUGGCGUAUGGAUGGCAAAUGGUUAGGUAUGGUCCGUCAUAUGUUAGGUUCUCAGGCUUAUGAGAGCGCGGAAAAGGCUGGUGCAGAGAUGGACUUUCUCCAUGCUCUCUGCUAUUCCAGGUCAGCCCAGGCCACGGACUCUAGAGAUAAAGUCUACGCAAUCAUGGGUCUCCUCAACGAAUCUGACCGCCAAUCAGUAAAGGUUGAGUACUCCCCAGUAUACACAACUGAACAGCUAUAUCUUGACACUGCUCUCCAUUUCAUCAAGUCAGGACAAGGUGCUCGACUACUAGAGCAUGCAGGAACAUCACGCUCAACUGAAGGUUUGCCAACCUGGGUACCAGAUUGGAAGUUUGAACCUCGCUAUCCUCUGUCAAGCUUCUACUACGCAGCAGCACGAUCAAGCCAGCCCAACAUUAGACUUCAUUCCGAGGACCCUACAAAACUGGUCGUACGGGGCGUCAUCGUCGAUGGCAUAUCAAUCACCGGGUGGCGAAGCAAUUACCUCACAGGGAAGUUAAUCCAGGAGCUUGAGAUACAAGACCCACGGACACACUUGGUACUCAUGGAAGCCAAUGCGAUUAAUAUCUGUGCAGGUAUUCAAGAAUUGACCGAGAACAAAUCAAAAUACUAUACCGGCGAGGAGUACAGGGCGGUGGUUUGGCGGACAAUGACUGCUGACAUUGGGAACGACACACCCCGCGCGGGAUGGGAUGAUGAACAAUGUUACGCAGCAUGGUCGGAGUUGGUCACCGUAUUGAGAGCUCGAAUGUUCACCGAAUUCUAUGCUGCGGGUGAAGUCGACGAUGAUGAAGAUGACUGGGAAGAUGUAGAAGACGACGACGACGACGACGACGACGACGACGAUCUGAAUCUUGAAGGCACAACAUUGGGUCCACAGAAUGAAGAAAUCGCUGCAGAUAACACUGAAAAUGACGCAAGAGAUAUCACUCGUUUCGCAAAUGCAAUUGAGGAUAUGUCCAUCGUGCCACAGCCUGAGGAAACAUGCACGAUCACCGAGGAGGCUCACUCUCCUGAUGAACAGGACGAAGUUCCGAAAGAAGAAGCAUCACGCGACACCCUGGGAAACAUGGACGUCACAACAACGCAAGCAACCGGACCAGAAAAGCCAGAAGAGACUACCACAGGCUUCCCACCAUCCAAUACCAGACAUUUGAAACCCCAAAGCUCCAACGCAGCAGAGGAUUUCGAACUCGACAGCCUCCCCACUCACCUCCCAACGCUACCACAACCUUCAACGCAACACGAACGCGAACUCGAACACAAAGGCCGGCCAUUCGAGAUCAAAGCCCGGCGCCUCCUGUACGGCCGCAUGCUCGUCGGGACCGACGGCGGACUCCUCGGCGCGGUGCCCAACGACGCACAAGGCCGCGACCUCAUCGUGUGCAUCGCCGGCGCGAACGUGCCGUUUGUGUUGAGGCCGAUCGCUGCUGCUGCUGUUGCUGUUGAGGAGGGGAAAGAAGCCCGUGCCGGCACCGGCACCGAAGAAGGGGGCCGGGAGUAUCUCCUCGUCGGCGCUUGUUAUGUACAUGGCUUGAUGGACGGCUUGAUUCCGAGUCGUAUGCACACGAUGGAUUUUGUCUUGCGGUGA